GCGGGGGUUGGGAGGGGGCACGCCGACUCACCCCGUCCCUGGGCUGCGGGUGGCCCGGGGUUACUGUAGGCGCGGUCGGAGUCUUUGGGGAGGUCACCCCACUCUCCCUCCAGCUCGAGGCUCGUUUUCGUCCCUACUGGGGGUCUGUGGUGUUGUGACCAAGGCCCAGAAUGUGGUUCCGGCCUCGAUCUUGUUACUGGUUUGGAGAAACUGGUGCUAAUUACCCUCCUCUCUCUCUCCUGUCUCUUCCCCCUCCCCCCACCCCCAGUCUUUCUUUAAUGCCUCUGCUGCCCACUGCUCUGCAUCCACCCGCGGGGGAGGACGGCUCACCCGCCCACUUCCUUCUCACAGUUAAAUCUGGCCUUGCGGACUUGCAAACCUUUGUUGUGGUGGGAGUUGAAGCAAGCAGCUGAUCAGUCUUAGGAAAAAAAAAAACUACCGAAAUUCAGAAUUCACACGGUGCUUCAAAACACAAAAUGUGUUAUUGAAACCGAGGCGUUGGCGAGGUGCUUCGGUUUGCCGGAGUUUUGAUGGAAACGACAACAUUGUCAUCCUUAAGUUAACUGGUGAUAUAAAGUCAAUAAUGCUAGUUUACAGAGAAAUUAAUGCAAGUAGGGCCUCCCUUUGCAACACAAAGAAUGAACCAGUAGUGAGGAAAAAGCACUUUAACUUGACUAACUGCCUGUGAAGAGGAUGUUUUAUUCUUAUAACAGACACCAGUGGGGUCUAUGAUAGAAAUGAUGGCUGGCUGUGGUGAAAUUGAUCACACAGUAAACAUGCUUCCCACGAACAGAAAGGCAAAUGAGUCCUGUUCCAAUGCUGGACCUUCUCUUACUGUCCCUGAAUGUGCCAUCUGUCUGCAAACAUGUGUCCACCCAGUCAGUCUUCCUUGUAAGCAUGUAUUCUGCUAUUUGUGUGUAAAGGGAGCUUCAUGGCUUGGAAAGCGAUGUGCACUCUGUCGGCAGGAGAUUCCCGAGGACUUUCUUGACAAGCCAACCUUGUUAUCACCAGAGGAACUUAAAGCAGCAAGUAGAGGCAAUGGAGAAUAUGCCUGGUAUUAUGAAGGAAGAAAUGGGUGGUGGCAGUAUGAUGAACGCACCAGCAGGGAGUUGGAAGAUGCUUUCUCCAAAGGUAAAAAGAGCACUGAAAUGUUAAUUGCUGGGUUUCUGUAUGUUGCUGAUCUUGAAAACAUGGUUCAAUACAGAAGAAACGAACAUGGACGGCGUAGGAAAAUUAAACGGGAUAUAAUAGAUAUACCAAAGAAGGGAGUGGCUGGACUUAGACUUGACUGUGACUCUACUGCAGUUAACUUAGCAAGAGAGAGCUCUGCAGAUGGAGCGGACAAUCUAUCAGCCCAGGCUGGGGCUUCUGUGCUGCCUCUAGUGUCUACUUCUGUUAGACCCUUAACGUCACUAGAUGGCCAGUUAACAAGCCCUGCAACACCUUCACCUGAUGCAAGCACUUCUCUAGAGGACACUUUUGCUCAUUUGCAAAUCAGUGGAGACAGCAUGGCUGAAAGGAGUCACAGGGGAGAGGGAGAGGAAGACCAUGAAUUACUGUCUUCAGGCAGGGUACCAGCACCAGAUGCCUCUGUGGAGGAAACCGAAUCAGAUGCUAGUAGUGAUAGUGAGGAUGUAUCUACUCACAUUGCACAACACUUAUCUUCAACUCAGCAGAGACAUUUGGUUCCAAAUGUGAAUCAGAUAGCAGCUGAUAGACCUGCAGCAGGGGGUGGAGCAGUGAGUGCCAGUGUCAGGUCUAGAAGACCUGAUGGACAGUGCACAGUAACUGAAGUUUAAAGAUGUUGUCAGCCACAUGUUCAAGAAUACAAGUACAUCUGUGAUGGUAUCUGUAAAUUUCUGCCCAUGAGACAUUACACUCAUCCCCUAGUAGUGUAUUUUGGGGUUAGGGGGUGGGAAAGGGGAAUGGGAAGAAUUGGCCUGUAACUAAAACGUCUAAUAUGUCUCUGGAAAAUUUAUUUAAAAGUCAGGAACUUGGGUGUUGAUAGUUGAAAGCUACUUAGCAAUACCCAGUUUUUCUUCUAAAAGUCUUUUUAUUUUGUAGUGGGUUUUUUUUUUGUUUGUUUGUUUGUUUUUGUUUUUUGAGAUCCUCAAUCCUUUUGGCCACUGUGUAUUUCUCUGUGCAUUAACUGUCUUCGUUAUCUGACUGUUGCAUUGUGUCUUAUUUCUCUGCAUGGAUCGACAUAUGGAAAGAACACUAAACUUGGGAGCAAUAUGAGGUGCUGGUUAUUGAUGAGAGCAGGGUGCCUAAUUUAAUAUGAAAAUAGAUCAUGUUUGGAAGUUACGAGGGAUGUUUUAAAUAGACAAACAGCAACCAUUUUAUCUUGCAAGUUCUCAAAAUGAAAAUAAACAGCUAAUAACUUCUGUUCCAAAAUCCUGACUGUAACAUACAUCAUAGUGUUCCCAUAAGCUUUGCUGUCUAGUCCUUGUAGUUUGAGGUUUCUCCUAAUCUGUCUCAUCUUUUUCUUUUUUUGUUAUAAAAUUUAUAAUUUAAUAAAUAGUACAGUUUGUCAAAAUAA